CGCGGUAUAUGCUUCUGCUCAUUUUCAUAUCUCCGUUGCAACGAACUGUUCAUUGUAUUGUCACUCUAUCAGUGUUCAUAAUCAUUCAAAGCAACACCUACGUCUUUCUAGGUAUACAAGACUGUUGGGAUGGAAAAAAGCUGCUCACGACGGAUUGUGUUUUUGCAUAAUAUACUAAAGAGUUCUUUGAAACAUGACCCACUACAAUGUAUUUCUACAACAACUUAUAUCCACAAUAAUCUUGCAUUCUACUUUAAUAAUCCAGUGGCUGAUGAUUAAAUUUUUGCCUCAGCAUGCUAUUACUUGUCGGGCUGUUACAGUAGAAAUGGUAUUGGAUCCCAAAGCUACAAGUCUUCACAGUGAUUACGGAAGUUUUGACAAGCCACCAGGAAGAGAUAGUGGACACGACAGAGACACUGAAGCAGCUGUUGAUGGCACUAGUAGUGGAAUGGCGCAAUCAAGUGAUAUUUACCAGAGACAACCUUUACUUCCAUGUACAUCAAUUAAGAGUAAAGACAAAUGGAGUGGGGUUGCUUCAGAAUCAGACUAUUUUGAAGAAGAAGGAGACGAUAAAAUAAACAGUAUAGGUCAUACCCGCCAUCCAGGAAUACCUAAUGGCUCUGGGAGUGAAAUAAAAAUUGAAAUACCAAUCCCACUCAGAGAAGAGCCAAGAUUUCCCAAAGAAAAAGGAAAAACAGUUCUUGCAUUCAUCUUCAUGACUGCAAACUUCAUACUGACCACAACUUCCUUAGCUGUAGUUCAUGAACGUGUACCUGAUCGCAAUGUGUAUGGUCCUCUUCCAGAUGUGGUCCUUGAUAAUGUUGAAGCACAAGAUUGGGCUCUUGCCGUAUCGGAAAUUAUUAUCAUCAUAGUAUCUAAUUCAGCAAUGGUAUUUGUAAUAUUUCACAAACACCGGUACAUUGUUUUACGAAGAAUAUUUUUAUUAAUGGGGUUGUUGUACUUCAUGAGAAGCAUCACGAUGUACGUCACCGUUCUUCCGGUGGUCAGUAAAACAUAUCACUGUAGUCCCAAAGAAAAUAGCACAAGUCCUCUUCUAAUAACAAAGCGAGUUCUCCAACUCAUUUCUGGUUUUGGAUUAUCAAUUAAUGGCAAGCACACUUAUUGUGGAGACUACAUCUACAGUGGGCACACUGUUGUGCUUGUACUCAGCUAUCUAAUCAUUCAAGAAUAUUCUCCGAAAAAGUGUUAUCCAGUGCAUUGGCUAGCUGGAAUAUCUGCAGUUGUUGGAGUUAUCAUGCUAUUGAUAUCUCAUGGCCAUUAUACUGUUGAUGUUUUAAUAGCAUAUUAUGUUACAACUAGAUUGUGGAAUAUGUAUCACACAUUGGCAAACAAUGCACUACUUAAGCAAUAUGGCCCAAAUAACUUUUUGGCUCGACAUUGGUGGUUCCCCUUGUUCAGAUAUUUUGAGAGAAACAUAGGUGGGACUGUUCCACGACAAUAUGAAUGGCCUUUGCCUUGGCCUCGAAAAUUUCUUGCCAAACAUCCUAACCGAGAUAGUUAAUAUUUAUACGAGCUUCGUAAAGGAGCUUGUGUUUCCACAGUGAUAUUUAAUGUACAUAGUUUUGAGGACUUAUGAUAUAAAGUUUGCUCAAGUGACAAGUCUACCUUUGUUUACUGUAAGGGAAUCUAAAAGAUGUACCCUUACUGAAGUGAUUUACUUCACCGGUAAAAUAUAUUUUUUUAUUUGUAUUUAAACUUUACUAAAUGUAAGAAAAUUCAAGAUCUCAAGCGCUUUAUUGAAUGUUAACACUAAGUUCGGACUUUAUACGUUGAUAGCUGAAACAAAUUCUUGCGCCACACAAAACAAUUUUUUCUGCAAGCUAACUUACUAUUAUUACACCAAAAAUCCUAUCAAGAGCAUAUGAUUUUGAGUUUUGCUAAAUUUGACACUGUUUAAAUAAAAAUAUUAAAAGAUACUACUUUAGCCGGUGAGGUAAAUUGCAUUAUGAAGGUCGGUAUAUUCCAUCCCGUUAACACCACUAAAAAAGAUGAAAGAACUUUGCAUUCACAAUGUUCAAUUAAUCGUCGUAUUACAUGGUUUUCCCGCUUCGUUUCUGUACAACACUAUUCUUGGUUUUGAUAUAAUAUUUACAGCGUAUGUGUAGUAGAAAGAGCUCAUAUUGUAUAUAUUAACUUUUUAAACAGUUUAUAAAAAAGACGAUUUACCAUCUGAAAAUUGAAAAUUUCGUACGACAGAUCAAUGUAAUGUCCCUAACCAGUCAUGCAUUGUGAUAUUUAAUAUAUUUAUCUUUGAUUCAAAACUUUACAGUGUAUUUUAUACACUUACAUAUGAUUUCUUUGUUCAAAAUUUAUUUGGAAAAAUUUUCAAGACUUUAGAAAGUUUGGUAAUUUUAUAGCCAAAAUAAUUAGAGACAUAAUAGUUACAGUAUAAGAUUUCAUCAUAGACUUACAGUCUUGAUAACAUUGUAAAGUAAUUGAUUCUACGAUUGCAUGGGACCAAUUAUAUUUGGUUAAAGAUUUUCUCUAAAAAUGUUUUGAAAAUUUUUUUAUCAGGAUAAUGAGACUAAAUUACUUUUGGUAGUCGUUUAGUUUUCAAUUGCAAAAAUUUAUUAUUACAGUUAAAUACAGUACAAUGAAUUUAAAUGUUGCGCAAACUCAACUCAACUUUAUGACUGAAAAUACUUUUAGAAUUUUAUAUUGAAAAUGAAAGAAAACAUUAUCUUGAAAAUUAAAUUUCCCAUACAAAAUCUAUCUUUAAUGCUAUGUGAAAUUUGAAAAACUGUAUACACUAUUGUUAAAAACAUACGCUUUCGACAGAUAAUCUAGGCUUAUUACUUUAAAAUAUUUGAAAACAUGGUCUGCUUUAGAAAAAAUCUGACUUGAAAAUUACAAUACUUACUACAGUAAGUGUUUCUGCUCUUUGAAACUUAUUGGACAUUCUAUGUUACUGAAAUGAAAUGAAAAUCAAUGGCAUUGACCACGUAUUAUUAUUACGGAUAAGAAUCUCAAAAAGAAAGAUUUGUUUUUAAACAACUUUUUGAAUUGAAAAAUGAAAUUCUAACAAAUGCUUAUACUUAUUGAAUCAUAAAAUAUUGUACAAAAACUAUAGUAAAGUUUUUAACUUAAUUAUUCAGGCAUGUAUCAUUGUAUGUGCGUGUGUGUGUGUGUGUGUACGUUCGCGUUAGAGUUUAUUAAUUUAAUACUGGAUUAAAACUGUGUCGUUUAAAAAGCAAAGUUAAUUAUAAUAAUAAUAAUAAUAAUAAUAAUAAUAAUACAAGUUUUCAAAAACUGCUACUCAAAUAGGCAAGUAAUAUUUUAUAUCACAGUGAUAUUCGUAUUGUGUGAGAAAAAUAUUAAGUUACAAUGUUACUAAACGUUUUUUGCAAUAUUUGAACACUCUACGUCUUCUCUAUGCUGAAACGCACUUGAUACCAAUUGAAAAGUAUUGAUUGAUUUUGGCAUUUACAAGUCAAAACCUUUGAAUUAAUGUACAAAAAUUUUAAGUACAGUUUUUCCAAUGCUUUAUUUUUGAAGACUGCUAAAAUUACGUAUAAAACUGUACAGCUGUUCAAAAUAUCGAUAUAAUAAGUUAUGUACUCGUAUAGUUGACUAAAUUAUGGUUGGGCUUACAUUAAUGUCAAUGUUAUGAAAAGACUGUAAAAUUUUGUCAUAUAUUUUUCAAAGAUAAUGCAGUGUUGUUUAAUGCAUUCUGGUUAAAAUUGUUUAAUAGAUUCUAAAAAUGCAUUCACAAGCGCUGCAAACAUUGAAUGCUUCUUCCAACAAUGAACCGAGUUGUGUGGAUGUAUACUAAAAUAAUUUUGUGACUUCAUUACGUUUUUUCCAUUUCUCAUUAGUUGAAGAUAUUUUGUUUUGACUAUGUCCUGAGAGGAAUUUAAAGAUGUUUUUACUAAGACACUACACUUUGUAUUGUAUACAGUAGUAGAGUCAGCUUCUAUGUUGAUCUUUUAUAAUGAGUAAGUUUCUGUAAUGACAAAUUCAGAACUGUAAUUUAGUUAAAAACAUUUUUGUAAGUGCCUGCAGCUGCUAUUACAUACGUAAAAAGAGAAAAAAUUGAAUGAAUCGGGUCAACGGGCAUACCAGCGUUUCUAUGUAAAUAAAUAUAUUUUUUCUUUGUAGAAUCUUUUGGUAAAUUGUUACAGUGGUGUAUUAAAGAUGUAUAACUAGAUUUAUUUUGUUUUCAACUUUUUACGUAACUGCUUCAAGAGCUGCAAAUUGCAGUGAAAGCUUCAUUGUAUGAUGGUAUAGUUAUUUGAAAAGAAAUAGUUAAUUUUAAGGUAAUAACAUUGGUUCUUUUCACUCUAUCUUGUUUAUUUCAUAAUUAAAUGAUGAGGAGACAACUACUAAAUUAUCAAAUUUUACUUCAUUUUUUGUGAAAACGUUAUGGCCGUUUCGGUAUCACAGUACUUCCUUCUGAUUUAUGUAUAACAAAACUUGUACGUCUGAAAGAGGUACUGCGAUACCGAAACGGCCGAAUUGUUUUUAUGAGAAAUAAAGUACGUAUUAACAAUUAAUUAUUAGUCUACUUAUUUAAUUGAUGUGACGAGAGUCUUUAUCAAGUGUUGACCAAAAUUGUUGAACUAUUGUUUGCUUAACUUCCUUGUAGAGGUAUCAAAAUAUUGUACCGUUCAAAAAUAAAUAGCUUUGCUAAUAUAAUCUGUUGGAAUGUAUCUUGUGGUGUGAAAAAUUAAAAUAUUCUCUUGACCAAACUAAUCUGUUCUAGGCUUUUAAUUUCUAUUUUUGCAUUCUAAUAACAGUUUACAAUACAAUUUUA